UUGGAACUGACCUAUAGGCUGCAACGUUAGGGUGGUUUGAUAUUUUUUUCUCGAGGCAUCAUGCUGAUGGGACCACUGAUGAACGCCCUGAGUGUGAUAUUAGGUUGGAGGAACUGCCUAAGAAUCAUCAGCGGUGCCAAUUUAGUCCUCGGAGUGGCGGCCUCGUUGCCCUUCAUAAAGUCUCCGAGGACAAGGCCGGAGAUGGCAGAGGAGGAAGCCAGAAAGGACGGCCCGUCCCCUGUCGUGGGAGAAAACAGAGAAGGGUCUGGAGAUGAAAACGAGGACCUUGAAACUGACAAAUUAAAGUGUCAUGGCCCGACGAAUGACGACAACGACGGCAGCCGCUGCCAAGCCGACACUGCCAUGCUACCUAAUCCUUUUCUGAAUGUAGAUAUCUGGUUAUUCGUAUCGUCUUUAACAUUCGCCCAGAUGGGAUGGUCCUUCGUCAUUGUCAAUUACUCUAGUUUUAUGGCUGGGCUAGGGUUGUCAGUCAGUCAGAUGUCCAUUGCUCUGUUGAUUUCGGCGCAGCGGAGGUCGCCUUCAAAAUCCUCUUCGUCAUUUUCGGUGACCGCCUUCCAGCCAGGAAGCUGUACUUAAUCGCUGCCACCUCAACGGGCGGCGCCAUCGUGUCGGGCUUCCUGCUGGUUUGUUCGACAUUCGGACACAUGAUUGCCCUGUCGACUGCUUGGGGCAUCUGCCGCAGCGGAAUCUACGGAACUAACCUCUCAGCCAGCGACGAACUGUUCUGCGGCUACGGCUCCCGAGUAGCCACUGCAGUAUCAACGGUGGGAUUCGGCUUGGGAGUUUUGAUCGGCUCACCAAUCACAGGUUUUCUCUUCGAGCUGAAGGGCGACUACACGUGGAGUCUCGUCGUCCUUGUGGCGUGUUUCGUGACCUCCGACCUCUUGAUGUUGCUGAUCCCGGGUAAGGAAAAGAUCCGGGCGUACAUCCGAGGGCGUAUGUGCCGGCCUGAAGGCCGACAGGUACCGCAGGGGGCCGAACCGCCGAAGAGUGGACCGAAUGCCAGAUGGACCAACGCAAGAUCCACGAGUUUGGUGGAACUCCGAGUGAUCCAGACUGGGUCCAAAGACACCGCUCAAAUUUGAAAGGAAGAUCGUACCCACUGGAACAAGGUUGACACUUCCUUGUUCAAAAUGGCGUCACACUUCGGUACUCGAUAACAUUAAUUAUGGUGAAAACAGAGGUCCACAUUUGUCUACUGCUAAGCACCGAGAAGCGGGUUUAUGUCUUGUGCCAUCUCAUUACGUGCGCACGUUACGUAUGCAAUGAGCCAGUUUGGUAUUCCUACAGCGCAUGCCCAAAAUGAAGCGCGUCCGAUGUCAGACCUAUCUA